AUGGAUAGAGAUAGAAUUGACCUUAAGGAAUUUGAGAAGAUGUUGCGUGUUAAGUUGCAUCUUGAUGAAACAGAAAUUCCAAAUUUAUAUUGGACCAUAGACCCAUGUCUGCCUGAGUAUUUGGUUACAAAUGAAGACUUGUUUAAGUUUUGGGAGCAUGUUGUACCUGAUGAUAAAGGGUUCAUAUGUUUACAAAUGAGUGUAAUGAAUUCAGAAUUUAGGAAUGACAAUGACUUCAUUAAGGAUGCAAUGGAACAACCAGUAGUAACAAUUGAUGAGACUCCUAAGAAGGCACCUAAGAGGAUUGCUAAGAAGCCAGUUUCAAAGGAAAAGUCAGUAAAGAUAUCACCUACAAGGAGAUCACCAAGGUUGCAUGCUCAAUCAAAGAAUGAAAACUCAAAUGGAGGAGCAUCUAGGAAGUUGUUGUUCAUGGAUCUGUUAAAUGAAGUGGAAUCUCAGGUACAACAGUUGAUUAGCUUUAAUCAUGAUUACUGGGUUGAUGAAGUAAACAACACUGCUGCAGGGGAUAACACUGAUGCAGGGGAUAAGACUGAUGCAGGGGAUAAGGCUAAUGCAGGGGAUAAGACUGAUACAGGGGAUAAGACUGAUGCAGGGGAUAAGGCUAAUGCAGGGGAUAAGACUGAUACAGGGGAUAAGACUGAUGCAGGGGACAAUAGUGAUGGUGAUGAUGAGGACAAUGUGGUGCUAGAGAACACUACUGUAGAUGAAUGUCACCCCAUUGAAGACCCAAAUGCUCCACCAAUCUUUGACAGUGAUGAAGAAAAUGAUAUUGAUUAUGAAGAUAUUGUCAAGACAUACAAAGUUGGAGAUGAAAGCAGUGAUUCAAGCAGUAGUGAAGAAGACAAUGAAGAAGUUUCUAAUGAUGACAAGAAUAAUGAUAAGGAUAAUGAUGGUCCUGAAGUAAAUGAUGAUAAAUAUUCCAAACCAAAGCUUGAUUACCAGAAGUGGAAAGAAAUGUUCAAUAUGCACAGUGAUGAAGAAGAAGAACCAUUAUUCCCUGUAGAAGAAGAGGUGACUCCUGUUGAUCCUACUAAGAUGGAGGUAAAGUAUGCUUUUAAUAACAAGAGUGCUUAUAAGAAACAUCUUAGGGGUUACUGUGUAAAACAUAAUUAUCAGUAUACGGUCUAUAAGAGUGACAAAACAAGAUUAAGAGUGAGAUGUAGGUUUAGGGAAGAGUAUGGUUGUAACUGGUUUGUAAAUGCUAGCAUAAAAAGGCAUGAGCCUACUUUUAUUGUUAGGAAGGUUAAUCUAGAACACACUUGUGUUGCGGAUCCAAAGAGUUUUAACAGAUCCGCGGAUCCUGAGUUCGUAAAAGAUGUGGUACAUGAGAAGUUAAAGCAGACAGCUGGGGCCUUAAUUCCAAAGCCUAAACACAUUGCAAGAGACUUUUUUGUAACUCAUAACAUCAAUAUACCUUAUAUUUGUGCAUGGAAGGCUAGAAAUCUUCUUUUAGAAGAUCUGUUUGGUAAUUAUGAAGACAGCUACAAGGAUGUACCCAUCUUUUGUGCAAUGGUGGCUCAUACUAAUCCAGGGUCUGUUGCUAAAUACACUUAUGGGAAAAGAGAUAAGACAUUCAUGAGCAUGACUAUUUCAUUUGCUGCACCAAUGAGAGGAUUUCAGAAAGCUUGCAGGGGAGUCAUAGGUUUAGAUGCAUGCCAUCUAACUGGAAAGCGUGGUGGUGUUCUAAUGGCUGCAACAGCAAUUGAUGGUCAGAAUUCUCUGGUGCCUUUAGGCAUUAAGGUGGCUAAGAGUGAAACCAAGGAGAGCUGGACUGGGUUCCUCAAGGAUUUGGCUCCAGCAAUCAAUGCACAUCAUGCUGGCAGGCAUCCAUGGACAUCAACUUAG